AUGUUCAUGGACGACAGUGGAAUCGAGAGCGGCGACAAGCUGGAGUCGUUGUUCAUCGAUGAGUUGGCGAGGUUUGGAGAGAACCAGCUGGUUAACAACACAACGCCAACAGCUGUUAAGAAUGGCGUCCUGGACUCGGACGCAGAAAGUGAUAUCUACACGAAGCUGAACGAUUUCGAUGUGGUGUUUGAGAAUCCCGGCGAAAAGCUUGAUCCAGCCCGAGCAGCAGCGGCGCUGGCCACUGCUCCAGUGCUGGAUUCGGACCAUCGUCCUGGCCGCAAAGUGCUGACGAGUGACAACAGCACCGAUUCGUUCGCGUCUUCCUCGGUUGCGUCAAGCUGUGCCACGGCACCUACCGGUGUGAACGGAAACGAUGGUUCGCAACACGACCACAACCCGGCCGCGCAGCUGAGCACGUGCAAGAUAUUGCAACGGAAGCUCGAGCUAAAGGUCGAACGCGCCAAACGCAACUACAAGCAGAUGUACCACCAGGACGGGCAGGACGCUCAGGAACACGCGCCAAAGAUCAACAGCCUCAUACCGAUAUCUCGGUUGCCGAUACCGGGCGGCCGGGAAAACCAUCAGCUGGUGGACGUCAACACGGGCUUCAACAGUGACGACGAUCUGGAGAAUGUGUCCUUUUUUCCGCGCAACAACCGCAAAACCAGUGGGAGUGCGAACACCCGCCAGGAGCUGUCCGACACGUUCAGCAUCCAGGAGAUGACAAUCGAGUCGGACAACGAGGAUCUCGAUUUCGAGCAGUGCCGCAAGCUGUCGGACAACAAGGGCUACCGGAAAAUUCUUAACCGUGGCAGUGGUGCCGCUGGGCAGGACGACUACCUGGACAACGAUACGCUGGACGAGGAUGACGAUUCGCAGAACCUGGAGCUGUUGCCACCGAAGGGAGGCUUCGCGGUCCGGGAGCAGUUACGGCGCGUGUUUUGCUGCUGCAAGAGAGACGAUUUCCUGUGAUGUGUUGAGCGGUGGUACAAGUGUCCUUCGGGAGACAUCGAAAAGAUUUAGGCAUCAGUGCCGUAAAUAGUUUACAGGGCUUCCGAGGUGGAGCUUCUAUGUUUGAUCAUUUCAAACAGGCGCGUUAAAUAUUCUACUAAGCUUACUUGCCGAAGAAGUAAAAAAAAUACAUCUCC